AUUUAAAAGCCAGUUGUCUGCUGUGACUGUGACGUUUCAGAGGGGAUGAAACGUUGCAUGUUGAGUUACCAUUGGCGAACAGAUGAACUUUUUAGCAGUUCGGAAAUUCACAAAAUACACGCGAAAAUAAUAAAAAAGAAUUAAUCAUUACAAUUAUGUAGAGUAACAUUUGGACGAAAUUUAACUAAAAAUCACAGUUCAUUUAAUAACAAAUAUGUGCAAGAAAAAAACCUCGUCAUAGUUAUAAUAUUUAAUUACAAAGUGGCAAGCUCGAAGGUUUACCCACUGACCAGUGGUGGCGCGACGUUUAUUUUGUUUGAUACCAUCCCCGCCAAUUAUUAUCAUUUGACAUUUACACACACGAGUUGUGAUUCUGACUUUCUAAGGCGCCAGCUAAACGUGAGUUUGGGAAAUUAGCACUCAGUUAACCUGCAGCUUCUUACUUUCCUUAUACAGUGUUUGUUUAUGCGGCUUGACGUAUGUUUAUAUGAGAUCCAAAGUUGAAAAUGACAGAUGCAAACAAGAAAAACAUCGUGGAGCGAAUAAAUGACUUGACCAAAUUUAGCCUGGUCCCUUUACCUGCUAACAGUGGAUGGUUGAAGCCAGUCCGUGUGAACUAUGUGCAAGACGGCAAGAGCAAAAACUGGGAUCUGGCAUUGGUCGACGAUGGUGUGAUGAUUGUCACCUUCAAUCGCAGCAGUCGAAAGUUCGUGCUCGUUAAGCAAUUCCGUCCAGCGGUGUACCUUAAUCGAAUGCCCAAAGGAGCUGAAGUAGAUUUUGAAAAAUAUCCAGCCAAGCUUGGAGUCACGAUUGAGCUAUGCGGAGGUACCGUUGACAAAAACAAAACUUUGGCUGAAAUAGCGCAGGAUGAACUCAAGGAAGAGUGCGGCUACGAAGCACCUUUAUCCGCUUUUGAGUACAUUACUACGACAAGGUCUAUAGGAGCAGUAACUGGAGCACAAACUAUUUUUUAUGUUGAAGUUAACGAUGAUAUGCAUACUCAAGCUGGAGGAGGACUAGAGGAAGAAGGUGAACUGAUUGAAGUUAUUAAUAUGAGCAUACCAGAAGUUAAAGAAUACAUGAAAUCUGAAGACUUUAAUAGCCCAUUGAACUUUCUUUUUGGCAUCGAAUGGUUUUUACACAAUAAGAAAAAUGUAUACGAGUGUUAGCUCUUGGCAAGCUAAAAUAUUUCAAUUGUUAGCAAAAUUAAAUAAUUUUCAAUAAAAUUUUUCAAAUACAUAAAAUUAACAUAAUUGAAAAAUGAAAAACAAUCUGCUAAUUCUAAUUUAUGUGAGUCAGAUUUUUUCAUGCUACAUACUAUUAUGCAUUACUAAAAGUUCAGAUGUGAAUUUCAUUUCAUUAAACUCAAGUAAGUAAUAAACCUCAACCAGCUAUUUCUAUUUAAAUUCACAAAAAGAAAACAAAAAUUUGUU